UGUCCACAUUUCCUCAAUAACACGCCUUAACAGUAGCAGCAGCAGCAGCCGUCGGCCGUGUCGUAUUGUCACUUACUACUUACCACUUAGUAGUUAUUGUUUUUUUUUUUUUUGUCGCAUUAUCGAAACAUCGCGCUUCGCAGAUCUACCGAAUUAUUACAACAAUAUAUGACAAUAAUAAUUUUACGAUAGCAAUUAUUAAUUGCAUUUGUUGUUAAUAUCGUUAUCAUCUACAACCUAUAUUGCCGAAUAACAACAAUAUCAUAGAUAAUUGCUGUUUGGUGAUUACCGUUCUUUUCGCGUCGUUUGGACGAAUCGUCCCGCAGUCGUUCCGGAGAAGCCAUCGUCGGAGUCAAACGGACAGCUGAGGCCAGAGACUCGAAAUACUGAUCACGUUGCUUGUCACCAGCGACCGUCUGCGUGAAUUCGACAAUGGGAGGAUUUUACAGUUAUUUCAAGAGUCUAUUUGGUGAAAAAGAACUGAGAAUUUUAAUCUUGGGCUUAGAUGGUGCAGGAAAGACAACAAUACUGUAUAGGUUACAAGUUGGUGAAGUUGUAACUACUAUUCCAACAAUAGGAUUCAAUGUUGAACAAGUUACUUAUAAAAAUAUUAAAUUUCAAGUUUGGGAUCUUGGAGGCCAAACAUCCAUUAGGCCAUAUUGGAGGUGUUAUUAUUCAAAUACAGACGCUGUAGUAUAUGUAAUUGAUUCAGUUGAUCGAGAAAGAAUGGGUAUAGCCAAAGAUGAAUUGAUGUAUAUGUUGAAAGAAGAAGAACUAAAUGGUGCUAUAUUAACAAUAUUAGCCAACAAACAAGAUGUUGAGGGUUGUAUGAAUGUUACUGAGAUACAUCAAGCUCUUGGAUUAGACUCUUUAAAAAAUCGAACAUUCCAAAUAUUUAAAACAUCAGCCAAAAAAGGCAUAGGACUUGAUGAGGCUAUGGAUUGGCUUUGUAACACUCUACAAAACCAUAAAUAAUAAAAUACUUUGUUUAUUCUAUUUCUUUGUAAUUAGAAAAUUGUACAAAUUAAAAUGUUAUAACGUUUAAUUAUGUCCUCUCUAUUUAAGGAAAAUGUUAAUUCCAUUAUAAAAAGUUGGCUACUAAAUUUUCAGCUGUGAUAUGAAUCUUAUUUUAUACUCCACAGCUAUUUUUUUUUUUUUAAAUUACAAAAAUUUUAUUAUUAUUUACUAUUGACUAUUAUAUAUUAUUAAUAAAAAAAUAUUUUGGUAGAGUAAUACAAAAGUUCAAAUAAUGCAAUAGGGCGGUUGAAGGCAGUUAUUUUACGCAUUUAGAUCAUUAACUGAAAAAAACCAAAAUCAUACAGUAAGUGGUACAAUUUGGAUUUUGAAAAAUAAUUUGAAUUUGUAUGCUCAAUUAUUUAAAGUUUUGUUGGAAAUAAAUGUUCAGUUUUGUCUUGUCCAUUUAAGUAUAAGUUUAUUUUUUUACUAAAAAAAGGGUAAUAUUGAACACCAUAAUAAAUUAUGAGUAAUUAGUUAAUUUAUUUAUAAAAUAAUUAUGCAAAAUUGAAAAUUAAUUUCUUACACAACCUUAAGAAAAAUAAUAAAUAAUAAGAAAAAUAAUAAAUAAUACAACUAUGUUUUCUAAAUAAAAAUUGGGAGGUCGGUACUUGUGCUUUUUUUAUAUUAGUUAUAUAAUGAAAACAUUUUUUAUUACAAUUUUUAAAUAUGACUAUUGUACUUGCAAACAUUUUUAAGAAUCUUAGUUGUUACUACCAAUGAUAUCACUAAUGAGAAUAUGUUUCAGAAAAGUCACACAUAGUUUUGAUAAUUCUAUAUACACAUCGCUUCAGCAUGCAUAUUUAAAAUAUUUUUUAUAACUAACUCCUAAAAAGAAGGGGAUGCUUUCAACCGCCUUAAAAAUGGGCAUAUAAAAUUUGUAUAUGUUAGCGGCAAUUACUAGGAGGCAAUAAAAUUUAAGACUGGAUAAUUCAGUAAAACUAAAGAAAGAACUUCUUUAAAAAUAAUUGUUAAGUUUUGUUAUUUAUUGAAAUAAUAUACAUUAAUUUAUAUUUUUUUCAUGUAUAAUAAUAUGAGCUAUCAAUAUUUCAUAAUAUAUUGUGUCUAUUAUUAUCAUAAUAUUUAUAUUUUAUAAUUUGUUUGUGUAAUGAUUAUCAGUAGAUAAUAGGGUGUAUAAAAUAAUAUAUUUUUAAAAAUAAUCUAUUUUUAUUGAAAUUAGAAAAAAAAAUAGCAUCAUCAUAAUAUUAAUGUCAUAUUGUAAUAGUUAUUAUUUUUAUUUGUAGGAUAUUUUGGUUAUUAACUAAUUAAUUAUUGUAUGAAUAUUUCAUUGCCAGAGACAGUUCUAUAUUAUUUAAAACAACUAAACAAAACCUUAUUGACUUAGCAAAAUAGACGAUUUAUUAAUUGGUAUUUUGCUAAAAUGAGACUAAAUAUUAAUAUUGCUGCUAACAUAUACACUUGCAUUUACAAUGCAUGUGUACAUAUAUAUUUAUGAUUGAAUAAAAUUUGCUAUUUCAAAUUA